AUGAUUGCAAGAGAAAUAACAGCACGUUUGGAAAGCAGUGAUCUCCGUAUAGUUGAUGGCUGGGAAGGCAUAAAAAGCGGGAAAUUCGCUCCUGAAUACUUCACUUCUCCUCAUCAGCAAUAUCAGGAUUUCACAGAGGCUUUUGGAUUGAGCAAAUCUGGUCGGUUGCUGCAUUGGGAGGAAGGAAGGAGAUUUGAGCGUGAAUAUUUUUAUGCCUGUCAAGGUAAACAUGAAGAGCAGGAGUUGCUACCAUUGAAGGUCAAACUGAAGUUGAAUUCAUCUGUAGCCCAAUUUAUGGAAACAGAAUGGUCACGGGAUAAAAGUCUACUUGAUGUAUUGGCUGACAAAGGUUAUCCGUGGGGAAAAGAAAAUAUGACACUAAGAUACACAUGGGUUGGGCAGGAAAACUGUAUUUGUCGAAAGAAACAGUGCGAACGAAAACAACACAAAGCGCUGUGA